GUGCUGGAGAAAAUUCUGCUAAUUCUUUUAACCUGUUAGUCAUAAUCUGUUUAUGCAAUUAUUGCAGACCAAAACCAUCCUAGUUUUGGAAAUUGCCCAAUAUCUGAAACUGUGGCUACAGAAUGAGGCCUCUUUCUCCAGGAGAUGGACUUUCCCCUCUGGGUCUGCUCACACGAGGGCCUGACUACUUGCGUAAGCAGCUGGAGAUGAGCGGUGGUGGGCGGACGCCGAGUGCCGUGGAGAGGCUGGAGGCUGACAAAGCCAAAUAUGUCAAGUCUCGGCAAGUGAUCAACAGGCGUCAGGAGCCAAUUCUGCUCAGCCACACUCCCCAGUCUUCCCCUUGCUGCAGGAGACCCCUAACCCUCCACCAGCAGAGUGAAUGUCUUCAGGGCUUGACAGCAGACCAUGAUGGCCUCAGACCCAAGAAGCAGCCCCCUUCCCCUCAGUCCCCCAUAGCGCGGCGAGGGGGCAGCAGGCGCCUACUGAGGCCUGAUUCACUUGUCAUCUACCGGCAAAAACGCGACUGUUCUCUGGUCAACAAGGAGAACAGCAAAGGGUACAGCCUAAUGAGGUGGCUGUUUCAGAGUCCACUGAGAGAUGGACAUCAUAACUGUCCUUCAAAGAGUCUCUUUGGAGAUGGACACCUGGAAGUGACCCAAGAAGAGAACUCCAUGAUUUGGGUUCUUGCAGAGAAGGAGGACACAAGGACUGCACAUUCAGUGGACCUCCUAGAUGGAUUCAUGGGUUGUGAGUCUGAGCCUAGUCAAAAAACCCAGGCCAGCUCUCAGCUCAAUGUUGACCAGCCCUUUCCUUCCUCAGGCCAUUACCAAACAGAAGCCAAGAAAGAGCUGACUCUGAGUUAUUCUCUUCCUCUUUCAGAGAAAGAACGGUUCUUUAAUUACUGUGGCUUGGACCGGAAUUUGGUAGAGGUGCUUGGAGUUGAACGCUUCAAACCAGGCAGCUGGGAAGCGGGUUCCUUCUGCAUUGGGUCAGCUAGUUCUGAACACGAUGGCCUUUCCUAUAGUGGGGAGCCCUUGUCUACUGAAGACCCAAGCGACAAGCUGUCUUCAACGGUCUCCGUCGUGGAGCGAAAUGCCCGUGUCAUUAAAUGGCUUUACAGCUGUCAGCAGGCCCAAAUGAGAUCCAAAGAAUCUACAGUAUGAACUCAUAAAGGUCUGGGGUCCAAGGCUCUCCCUUUACCCCAAGUGGGGGGAAGUCCUGUUUUGGGGGGGAUGGCAAUGUUCCCACCAGGGCGAACACAGCAGAGAGAAGCUACUAUCUGUCGCCCGAUGUGUCUUUCUCAAAGGAAU